AUGGAAUCUGGGUUGCCGAAGACCGGUACCAGCACUUGGGUUCCCCGACUGAUUCCUCGAGUGCCGGAGUCUCCGCCAAAGGCGGCUCCUCGUCGGCGCUUGAAGCAUCAUUCGGAGACACCAUCUGAGGUCCUUUCUGUGGUGGCCUUGCCAAUAUGGCUAGGCAGUCCCAUUCAGGAGGACGACGUUCUGCUCAAGGACAUUAAGAGCAUUGUGCCGGAAGACCUUCAUCAGCAUGAUGACGUUAUCGCGAUAGAGGAGGCGGAAUCAGACUCAUCGUUCUGUGCCACUCACCGACGUUUCGUGGAUGCCGCAGAGCAUCUGGAACAGGCGAUCUGUGUUCGGCAGCAGCUGCUUGGAGACGAGCACGAGGAGCUCUUGGCUUCAAUUCAGAAGUAUGUGGUUUCAUGCAACACUUGGGGUGUGCACUGCUUGAGCACAGGCAACUUCACUGCUGCCCUGGAGCUCUUCAAGAAGGCUGAGGCCAUGACAGAAGCUGACAACGUGCCCAACUUCAAACGUCGAGUAGCUCUUCGUGCUGCGACGUUCAACAACCUUUGCUGCUACUACCGUACAAGAGGAAAGCUGAAUGCUGCCCUCCAGUUUGCAGAGAAGGCCUUGAGAAUCGAACAGCGGUACAAGGAAGCCGACAGUCCGGCCAGCAGCUACCUGAACUAUGCAGUUCUUCUCAGCAACAGCGGCCGACACCACGAAGCAUUAGAGCACGUGGAACGAGCCGUCGCUGUCCUGCACGACCAUCAACGACAUGAGGAAGCUGAGGGGGCGACUGAGAAGCCGGAGCCGAGGGAAACUUCUCAGCUGCUCGUGGUUGCUCACUACAACAUGUUUGUCGAGAACUUGCACCUCAAGCAUUUCGCCAGCAGCCUCCAGUGUUUGCAGCGUUCCGUUGCCGUGGCGACGAACAAACUUGGUUCGUCCCACGCGCUGACGACGAGGAUGAAGGAAGUGCAGGCCGAGGCCCAGGUAAGGCUCGAUCGCAAGGCGUCAGCUGAACGUUUUCGCACGACGGCCGCGGUUGUGGAGUCGUCUCCUGUCUUCUUCCACUUUCAGGACGGCCAUUGCCAUCCCUGGCAGAAGGUCCAGCUUGCCAAAGCGGAUGCUACGCGGGCGCAGGAGAUCCUGGCUGACCAGAAGCAGAUCACGCUGCGGCGCCUCAGGCCAGUGGAUCCACGGCCUCCCGAAAAGCCGCGGGUCCGCAGCCGCAGGCCAAAGCAGCAGAUGUAUGCCAGGUUGCCAGCCAUCGGAGCCAAGGUCACCGGCCGUUGGUGGGAAACCCAUCCGAAGCUGCUAGAGACAGAGGGAUAUGCCGGCUCGCCCAUUCUGGCGCAGCAGGCGCACGGGGCACAACCGAUGGUGGAAGCACGUGCUCUUCGGCAGGCUGCCAGUCCUCGCGGAGACACAGGACUCAUCUUGGAGGCUGAAGGGACGCAGGCAGCUCUCACUGAUGCACGGACUGAUGCAACCAUCGCCCAGCCGCUCCCUUUGGCACCCGCCCAGAUCGUUCCGCCUCCGCCUGGAGCACCGCCUGAGGUGGUUGCAUCGUGGGAGUAUCAUCACCGCAGGUUACAACUGCUUGAUGGUCAUGGCCAGACCGCCUUGGAGCCACAGCGAAUGCAAGCCAUAACCAUCCUGCGCGACAGGCUGGAUAAACGCAGACAGAAGGGCCUUCCAACGCCAACGGACUGCAGGAGACAUCAAGCAGCCACUUGCAUUCAGGCAGGCAUUCGCGGCUACUUGGUGCGACAGUGGACCUCCGAGGAGUUGGCUCGGGAGAUGCGUCGGCAGCGUUUGCUUGAGGCUUCAUCUGGGGUAUGCUCUCCCACCAGUGAUGCCAAGAAGAGGAUGGCGUUUCGAGUCAUCUAUGCGGCACGCCGCGCCUUCGUGGAGAACAAUGCCGCCGUGAAGAUCCAGAAGGUUGCCAGGGGCAGCAUGACAAGAGCCAAGUUGAAGAGGCAAAUCAGCGAGAUCGCCCAUUCUUCCGCUGCCAAAGUGCAGGCGCUGGCUCGUGGGAGAGCUGUGAGAAGCAGCCUCAGGAGGCAGACCGAGGCUGCAACGCAGAUUCAGGCUCGCGCCAGAGUCAUGUUGGCCAAACGCAAGACGGACACCGUCCGGCAGAUGGCUCGCUCCGCGGAAGCUGAGCGCCAGGUGCAGGAGGAGAGCGAUGCCGUCUUGGCUGGCAUUUUGGAUGCGGGUCUCAGCUCCAGAUGGAGCAGCCCAAUUCCCAUGGACUACGACCGCGGCUCUGAUGCCUCUCACGUCUCAGAGGAAGCUGAACGCCAGGUGCAGGAGGAGAGCGAUGCCGUCUUGGCUGGCAUUUUGGAUGCGGGUCUCAGCUCCAGAAUGGGCAGCCCCAUGCCCAUGGACUACGACCGCGGGGGUGGCUCUGAUGUCUCUCACGUCUCAGAGGAAGCUGAACGCCAGGUGCAGGAGGAGAGCGAUGCCGUCUUGGCUGGCAUUUUGGAUGCGGGUCUCAGCUCCAGAAUGGGCAGCCCCAUUCCCAUGGAUGGCGACCGUGGGGGUGGCUCUGAUGUCUCUCACGUCUCAGAGGAAGCUGAACGCCAGGUGCAGGAGGAGAGCGAUGCCGUCUUGGCUGGCAUUUUGAAUGCGGGUCUCAGCUCCAGAUGGAGCAGCCCCAUGCCCAUGGACUACGACCGCGAGGGCGGCUCUGAUGUCUCGCUAUUCUCAGAGGUGCAAACUGAGCGCCAGGCCGAGAACGAUGCCGUCUGCGCCGGCUUGCUGGAGGCCAGCUUCAGCCCAAGAUGGGUCAGCCGCUCCGACGUCUCAGAGGCUUGUUCGGAAGCUGAGCGGCAGGCCGAGGGCGAUGCCGUCCUGGCGGGCAUUUUAGAUGCGGGUCUCAGCUCAAGGAACAGCCCGAUGCCCAUGGACUACGAGGGAGGCUCAGAUAUCUCAGAGGCUUGCUCGGAAGCUGAGCGCCAGGCCGAGGGCGAUGCCGUCCUGGCGGGCAUUUUAGAUGCGGGUCUCAGCUCAAGGAACAGCCCGAUGCCCAUGGACUACGAGGGAGGCUCAGAUAUCUCAGAGGCUCGCUCGGCAGCUGAGCGCGGGGUAGAGGCGGACUUCUUCGUUCAGAUCAUCCCUGACACGACCAACUCUACCUUGACCAUCGAAGACUCCGGCAGCAUCAUGACGGACAUACCUUUGCUGGACCCAUACCCAAAGGCAGUGGAAGUCACGCCCCUGAAGCAGCGCGUCCAUCCAGGCAGUUGCCUUGCAAGCGCUCCGCUGCAGGCGGAUGCCGUGAGCGAUGUCUCGCCUGGUGUCCUGCGGGCAGGUUCCACAAGUCCUGUGGACAUGGACGUCGAUGGGCGCUCAGAUGUCUCAGAGGAGACCAGUGGCAAGGUUGUGGCAUCCAUAGUCGGGUCGCAGCUGGAGGAGUUUGCGCAGGCCUGCGAGGGUACGUCGAUCGUCGGUCUUGGAGGCCUUGAGCCCCCGGACUCCGGAAUCGACGACGAUGUGGCGGGCCCCUCCAUCGAGGAUCUUGGCAAGGCAUCGUCCAUCGCCGACAUCCAUGAGGAGGUUGAGAACAUGGUGCCGGCAGAUUGA